CACAUGACAUGCGCAAUGUAGAGGUCACCAAAGAUGUCAGCGCCCGUGAGAAACGUAACGCUGGCUGCAUACUUGUUUAAUACUUGUCGAAAAUGUAUAUUGUCAAGGCAAAGAAAUAUAUCUGUUGCAUACCUUAUUCAGCAAAGGAGAGGCUACACACAUUUAGAAAACGAAGAUAGCAAUAGGACUUAUACAGCUGGUCUGAAGGAACCCUUUCAUUCAUCAUCAUCAGACUCCUCUUCCUCUGAUUCUUCCUCCUCAGACAGUGACACAGAUGACAGGAUGGAUAAAGAUUUCUCUGCACAGUACUGCAGCCAGUAUGAUGUGCUGUAUCCUGGUCACAUUUCUACUACACUACUACAGAAGUCAUUAUUGGCUGUAGGCUCAGGGGUCAUGGCAAUAACAAAUCCUUGGAGGGAUGAUAUGAUAGCCACAUUUGGGGAGACAACUGGUUACUUUUCAUUGCAGUUGAUCAGAAGAAACAUGCAAAACCACCCUGAGGGGAAACAGAUCUUACAAGAAAAACCAGUGAUCAACUCCCGGACAGUGGACCUGCCAUUCUUAGAGAACCUACCAGAGAACACAUUUGGAAAGCAUUACUGGAAUUUUUUGAAUACGAAUGGUUUCAGUCCAGAUGCAAGACUCCCUGUGUCCUUUGUAGAUGAUGUUGAACUUGCUUAUGUGAUGUUGCGUUAUCGCCAGAUCCAUGACUUGGUGCACACAGUCUGUGGCAUGAAGCCUAACAUGCUGGGCGAGGUGGCAGUGAAAUGGGUGGAGGCAUUCCAAACAGGCCUACCAAUGUGUGUGCUUGGGGCUGUGUUUGGACCUGUCAGGUUUGGACCAAGGUGGCGAAAGAAGUAUGCAGAGUUGUAUUUGCCAUGGUCACUCAAGACGGGAUAUAAUGCAAAUAACCUGAUGUGCGUUUACUAUGAAAAACAUUGGGAGAGGGACAUCAAGGAGUUUAGGAAAGAACUGAAUAUUUCUCUCAUUGAUGAUCAAAAUAGUGAAGUCAAGUGAAAUGUUGUGUAUAUUAAUAGUUUCAAGAAAGUCAAUAUUAGGAGGAAAUGGUGAUGUGCUGACAAUUUUAUGGCCAAAACACACACAGACAUACAUACUGCAGUCAGUUCAGUGAGAGUUGCAAAGGGUGACAGGAAAUAAAGGUGAAAAAAUUAUUUAUUUUCUUUUUGGUAAAUUAUAAAUUAUGCUCUUGAUGGAGUUUUUAAACAUUGCCUACUGGAGAUAAUAAUGUUAUAUUAUUUCA